AGCGAUAGAACGAUAGCGUCAUCACACAUUUUAGAGAUUUUUGUGCCGAAAUUGGUCGCGUAUGAAACUUUUUUUUUGUUAAAUGCAAUAAAUACUGCAAAAAAUCGUGUUAUGAACGUGUGAGUCCUUUUAUAGCCGGUUUUAAUUUUAUACGAAAAGGAAAUUAAGCAACUUUUGACAUCACCAAAUCCGAUCGAUUUGAACCGGGAUUUGUGUGCUAUGAAAAAUCUAAAUUACGAAGAAAUUUGAAAGAGAAAGAAGCAAGACUCACAAUGGCGUUGGUAAAUCUGAACAACAACAACAACGUAAUGCAACGCGACAAAGAUAAGGAAAACGAACGAACCGAUAUCCCGAGAGGCAAGAGUUUUAUGAUUUCGACGGGAACGACGGCGAUUGCAAAGAAGGAACACUUGAAAUACGACAUAAAACCGAAAUUCGUGGAUAAUCAGCAAAACAAGGGCAAGAAAGAUAAACUGCGACGCAACAAGAAUGGAAGCGGCAAUAAUAUCAACAUUGUUUCGGUAUCCGUCACGAAGGCAUCUGUUGAUGCGAACAAAGAUUCGAAUCGACGAGUCUCCGCAGGAACAAUGACAAACAUGAAAUCACAAAAAAAUCCGCGAUUUCAAUACGAUACGAACCAACUUUAUUCAUUGAGUAUGAAUCAAAACGGAAUGUCGCCUACUUCGAAUCGAAACAAUUCGUGUUUAUCUCCUCCAAAGUCAGAUUCUUCGACUUCAUCCUCUUCACGUGCUUACGAGACAUCAAAUCAAUUGCGAUAUCAACCUCAAUGGCAACCGUAUCAGAAUCCCGAACGAUAUUAUCAACCUUUACAGAACGAAAACCAUUGGCCUCAACAAAAUUCGUAUCAAAAUUGGAAUUCGAAUCGUGCUCCAAAUUACAAUUCGUAUCACAAUCGUUACAAUAGAUCAUGGCGAUCUGGAAAUUAUGGAAACAACAAUCAAUUAACGUAUCGUAAUUCAAAGUCUUACAACGAUAUAAGUCGUCAUGGAGGCGGAGACGGUCCACAAAUGAAUCAAAAUAACAACAAAACAAAUCUUGCUUUGUCUCCGAUUUCGUCAAAAAAUGAAAAUGCGACGCCAACAUUGAGCAAAUCUUCGUCGAGAAGUUCCUUAAAUGACAAAAGUUCACGAUCUUCAGUCAAUUCCUCGCCAGAUGCGCAUGCUAGCGAAUUAGAAUAUGACUCUGACACAUCAAAGGUAUCAUCUGUUACGUCAUCGUUCACAUCGAAAACGAGAAUUGUUUCCAAAGGACGCCAACUUAGCAAACAUCAUACGUACGAAUCGAGAUCUGCGCCCGAAAUGUCAACAUUGAACGAAUUUCGAUCAUCAACGGAUAACGUUACGCCGCCUUAUCGUUCGAUGCCUCACGAAACAUUCACAGCAGACAAUCGAAACGGAUAUUAUCAACAUCAGCAACAAAAUUCUCAAAAUGGGUAUUAUGGAUCGCAAUAUCUUCAAAUCAACAAUUGGGUCUCGAAUUUGGGAAUUAAUGGAAACAUGCCGAAUGGAUAUCAAAUGUACGCGCAGGAUGUGUCGUAUGAUACUUUGAACAACAAUGGAGAGUUUUUCGUAGAUGGACAGAAGAAACAAAGAUCUCUCAGUAAGGAAAGUUUGAAUUCAGUCGCUUGUUCUGAUGCGAAUUCAGCAAUUAUGCCAAUGCAUCAAACAGAGACAAACAAUAAUUAUAUGUUUUACAUGAAUCCGAACAACUUUCCGCAACAAUUUCAGACGACAAAUCGUUCGAGACACGUAAUGAAUCACGUGCAUCGCUUCAAUCCGUCGCCAAACAAUAAAAAUCAAUCGACACAGGUAAAAGCAACAAACACAAUAGCUCCAAUAGUGUCUCCCGAUACAUUUUUCUACAAUACGACAUUGCCAUUUGUGAAGGAUGAACCAAAAGAAUUGCUUUCUGGCUCGAAAUGGGAUCCAAUUUCCAAAGAUAUUUGGACAAAAUUCCUUUCGGCACAGCAAAGCGAAGCAAUGUUCAAUAAGAAAAUCCAAUUGUGGCGUUAUCUGUACUACAAUAUUCGACAACAUUAUCCGCAAUUCGGAUUGUAUAUGGUAGGAUCAACAAUUGCUGGAUUCGGAACAGAUUCGUCAGAUGUAGAUAUGUGUCUGGUUUGUCGUGAAAAUCAAACAGUACUCGAUCCACGCAUGAAUGCAAUGAUUACUCUUUCACAAAUUCAAAAACUUUUACAAGCAUAUCCAGUAUUCGAUGAAUUCCAUUUGAUACAAGCUCGUGUUCCUAUAUUACGAUUCAAAGAUGUCGAUAACAAGAUAGAGGUCGAUCUGAAUUACAAUAAUUGUGUUGGCAUUCGGAAUACUCAUUUGCUACAUUGUUACGCUCAAAUGGAUUGGCGCCUUCGCCCGUUAGUGUUAAUUGUCAAACUUUGGGCUCGUUUUCACAAUAUCAAUGACGCAAGAAAUGCAACUUUGCCGAGUUAUUCGUUAGUUUUGAUGGUAAUUCACUUCCUUCAAUGCGGAGUUCAACCCGCAGUUUUGCCAUGUUUGCAUAAAUUACAUCCCGAAAAGUUCUCUGCAAAUCGAGAUUCAACGCAGAUCGACAUGAAUGAGGUAAUUGAUCCCGUCAAAAGUGAGAAUCACGAUAGUUUGGGAGAGUUGUUUGUUAAAUUUCUCGAGUAUUACAGCAAGUUUGAUUACGCACGAAACGCGAUUUCCAUCCGUACAGCUUCUUGUCUUCCUAUUGAGCAAUGUCGACAAGUGCGAACGCCAAAGAAUGAUACGCAUCAAUGGAAAGUACUUUGCAUCGAAGAGCCAUUUGAUUUCACGAACACGGCUCGUUCGGUAUACGAUCACGAGGUAUUCGAGCGUGUCAAAACAACAUUUUUGACGUCGUGGCAACUGCUGAGUAACAGCAAUCGUCUCGAUUCCGUUUUCAGUAUGCCUCUUUUCACGCCCGUGCAUCUGUAUUCGCCGCCUCCCGUAUCGAACAACUUCCCAUUGCUUUACUCGCCGAUACCAUCGCCAACGAAUCGUACUGAUAAUACAACCGAGGUUCCUUCUUCUGUCGCUGGAGACACAAAAACCAACAACAAUCAUUAGGAAAGCUGUGCGACGUCAAGUCAAGAAGAAGUUUUUUUUUUUUUCUAAAUGUACAAUUAUUUUUUUGUUUUUAUACAUAUUUACGCACAUUAACGCACUUCAUCAUCAUCAUCACCAUUACCAACGACAGACAAACAAAAACAAAACAUGAAACGAAGAGAAAUGUGCUAAUAUUUGUUAAGUGAAAGCAAACAGGGGGUGACCAUAACACAAAAAAUCGCAAAAAAAGAAAGAGCUCUGUACUUUAUUUUCUUAUUGCUGUCAUUUAUUUUUUCUUCGGUGCAGUAAUUUUCGGACAAGCUCAGUUCAGUUUAUUUAUUACACGAAUCAAGAAAGGUUACCCCCGAACAAAUUUGAUAAUGAUCACAAGUGCAAAAAAAGAACAGAAAAAAGACCGAAGACAAACUGUUCAUACAAUUAAUUAUGUUGAAGUCUAAAAAAAAAAUUAAAAAAAAAAAUACAAAAAAAAAAUAAAAAAUUUUAUCAAAAAAUUUUGAAACACAAAAAUAUAAAAAAUUAAAAAACAAAAAAAAAAUUAAAAAUAUCAAGAAAAAACCAACAAAAAAAAGAAAAUAGUUUAGUAAUGAAAGAAGACCUAAAUUGGUCAACGACUUUUUUGAAGAGAAUAAUUCAAAAAUAUUUCACAAAAAUGCAAUGCCUUCAACACCCUUCAUUCAUCAUCAUUAACUUAUUAAAACAAAAAUUUUGUGUGGCAUUGAAAUCCGUACUGCGUUCGAUUGUCGAAAAAGAAAAAGAAUUCUCAGAAUUAGAACAAAUUUCAAAGAAGAAGAAAAAAGAACAACUCAAUCGAACAUUCGCAAGAACAGAAAAUUAGCGGAUAUGAAGACAAUUAUGUUUUUAUCAAUUAAAAUUCCAUCAUUUUUUGUCAUUCCACAAAUAACUAUAUUUAACAUAAAAAUAAAUCUGUAAAGGCCUCAUCAUAGAAGAAGACAAGUCAACAACUUCAGACAAUACAUCAAAAUUAACCUCAAGUGAUUAGAUUUAUUAUAUGAGAAAAAAAAAUAGUAAAAAUUUUGUUCAUAAUUUUUUUUUGGCAACGUUUUGUUAAACAUCUCACUUAUUAUUUGUAAAAUUUUUCAAAGCAUCUCAUUCACGAAAAUUUUAUUAUUUUAUGAUUUUUUUGUCAGUUCUGUUAAUCAAAAAUAAUGAUCGUUAGAGAAAUUAAAAAAUAAACAUGUUAUACAGAUGA